AUGUACGCCAUCCCCAUUAUCUCAAAAAACUAUGCUUCCUCAAGAUGGUGCUUGACUGAACUUGCCCAGAUUAUCGAAUGCAUUAGAGAGACGGGUUUGACAGUUUUGCCUGUUUUCUACCAUGUUGAUCCCUCUGAGGUACGAAACCAAACUGGGGCUUUUGCAAAAGCUUUUGCUACGCAUGAAGAAGACCCUAAUAUUGAUAUGGAGAAGAUGCAAAAGUGGAGAGUUGCUUUGAAAGAAGUGGGCAACAUAUCCGGAUGGCAUUUUCAUCUUAGGUAUGAGUCAACAAUUGUCCAAGAAAUCAUUAAAAGGAUACUUCAAGGAUUAAGUUGUAACUUUUCAACUCUUUCCAAGGACCUUGUUGGAAUAGAAUCCCGUGUGGAGGAAAUGAUGAACAUACUUGGUAUUGGAUUGGAUGAUGUUCGCUUUAUAGGAAUUCAUGGUAUGGCUGGAGUGGGUAAGACAACUUUGGCAGAAGUCAUUUAUGAUAGAAUAUCUUACCAAUUUGAAGCCAGCAGCUUUAUUGCCUGUAUUAGAGAAGAAACUAGAAAUCGAGGUUUAGUUUCUUUACAAAAACAACUUCUUUCUAAGAUCUUCAUGGAAAGGGCAAUAAAUAUAUGGGACGAUCGUGAGGGAAUGAGUAUGAUACGGAAUAGACUAUGUUAUAAAAAAGUAUUUUUAGUCCUUGACGAUGUGGACAGAGAAGAACAUCUAACAGCAUUAGCAGGGAGCCAUGAUUGGUUUGGUCCGGGGAGUAGAAUCAUUUUAACAAGCAGAGAUAACCAUCUAUUGAAAAGAUAUGGAGUGAAUGAUAUCUAUAAGGUUAAUGAGUUGAAUAAUGAUGAAGCAUUGCAGCUCUUUAGUUUGGCAGCUUUCAAGAAAGCCCAUCUUGAAGAAAAUUAUGUGGAUUUAUCCGAAGGAUUUGUGAAAUAUGCUCAAGGCCUUCCUUUAGCUCUCAAAGUUUUAGGGUCCUCCUUGUUUGGUAGAGGAACAAAUGCAUGGAAAGGUGCUUGGGAUCAACUGAAAGAAAAUCCUAAUAAAGGAAUUUUAGACAUACUUCAAGUAGGUUUUGAUGGAUUGGAGGAUUUGCAAAAGAAACUGUUUUUAGAUAUUGCUUGUUUUUUCAAAGGAGAGGUCAUAGAUAACAUUUUAAUGGAUAUAUUAGAAAGUUUUGGUUACUACCCAUACCUCAAUAUUGAUAUUCUAAUGGAGAGAUGUCUUAUAACCAUCUCUUCUAAAAGGUUGAUGAUGCAUGAUUUGCUACAAAAAAUGGGUCAAGAAAUAGUUUAUGAUGAAUCCCCAGAAGUGCCUGGUCGGCGUAGUAGAUUGUGGCUUUAUAAGGAUGUCCUUCACAUGUUGAAGAAUAAUAUUGGAACUGACAUGAUUGAAGGCAUAGUAUUAAACUUACCUUAUCAAAAUGAGGAACGAUUCAGUGUUAGAGCCCUCUCAAAGAUGAAGAAAUUGAGAAUUCUUAAAAUUCGCAACACAAGUUUUGUCAACAUGAGAUUUUCUAAUUUCUGUGAUAAGUUAUUGAAUCUGCAUUGGCACAACGACCCCUUACAUUUUAUGCCAACACAUGGGUUACGGGUGCUAGAAUGGUCUGAAUAUCCUUCAAAAUCCUUGUCAAACAGCUUUCAAGCAGACAAUCUUAUUGAACUUAGAUUUCAAUCCAGUCACAUCAAGCAACUAUGGAAGGGAAUUAGUAGUUUUGGGAGUUUGAAACGGUUUGAUCUUAGCGGCUCUCUAAACUUGUUGGAGACCCCAAACUUCACAGGAGUCCCAAUUCUUGAGACACUAGACCUUGAAGGUUGUACAAGUUUGUCUAAGCUCCACAAAUCUAUUGGUGUUCUCAAACAGCUUAGACGAUUGAAUCUACAUGCUUGCAAACGCCUUAAAAGGUUUCCAAAUGAGAUUAGCUUGGAGUCUCUUGAAUAUUUUUAUCUUUCUGAUUGUUCAAGAUUUGAGAAGUUCCCAGACAUUGUGGGAAGCAUGACUUCAUUGUGGUUACUUUAUUUGGAUGGUACUGCCAUAAAGGAACUACCCCCAUCAUUUAAGAGUUUAUGCGGCCUUUCCAUACUGUCUUUACAUAACUGCAAAAACCUCUCAAUUUUUCCGAGUGUUAUUUAUAGUUUGUCAUCUCUAAAAAUUCUGGAUGUAUCUAAUUGCCUAGCACUUGGAGGAAUUCAAGACAUGAAUGGUGAGGGGUAUUUGGAACAAUUGUAUAAAGCUGGAACUGCUAUCAAAUUCACUAAGUUUUUUGCAGUGCCAGAAUUUGGCUCAAAUGAUUCUUGCUCUAUGCAAUAA